AUGCUAACUUUAAGGCUGUGUUUGCUUUUCUUUUAGCAAAAAGACAAGAAGCUGAAAAAAUCAACUUGCAAGUAUAACCUCGAUCUUACCCAUCCUGUAGAAGAUGGAAUAUUUGAUUCCGGAAGCUUUGAACAGUUCCUGAAGGAAAAAGUUAAAGUCAAUGGAAAAACAGGAAACCUGGGAAAUGUAGUUCACAUUGAACGCUUUAAGAACAAGAUCACAGUGACAUCUGAAAGGCAGUUCUCGAAAAGGUAUCUUAAGUAUCUCACGAAGAAGUACCUCAAGAAGAACAAUCUUCGUGACUGGCUGCGUGUGGUUGCUUCUGACAAGGAGACCUAUGAACUGCGAUAUUUCCAGAUCAGCCAUGAAGAUGAAGAAUCUGAAACAGAGGAAUAAAAUGAGCUUUUAUGCAGAUCCUUACUUUCCUUGUGCAGAGUGUACAAAUGAACCAUCUAUUUAUGAGAAUACAGUUAACUUAUUGCCAAAUUUUAAAAGUUGUACACUAACUUAAAUCUUCGAUCCCUCUGGGCAACUGAGAUUUCUGGCACUUCAAAAGUUGCAUUAAAAAGCUGUCUGAUGAACUGUAAA